CAUGACGUAAUGGCAACAGCUUAGCUGUGUGUAGCACAGCAUUCAGGUCUGCCAUUGCAUCAGCUGGUAUUCCGGCUAGACACGUUUACACCGUUAUAUUUGUUAAUUACUUGUGCUACAAAAUUAGUAUUGUUUAAUCAUGGCAGAAGAAGAAGCAAUUUUUGAUCCAUCGUUGAAGAAGAAAAAGAAGAAGGCCAAGAAGACCCCUUUCGAUUUUGACGCAGCUUUAGCUGGUGGAACAGUUGGCAAUGAGCCGGUUGAGUUAGAAGUAGGAAAAGAGAACGAAAAUCCUGAAGAGGAAGAAGUUAAAGAAGUAGAUGACUUAGAUCUUGAAAGCUUUGGCAAAAAGAAGAAAAAAUCUAAAAAGAAGGCUUUCCAACUUGAAGAUACUGAAGUAGCCUCACCUGAAGUUGAAGGACAAGAAGGAGAAGCAGUUGAAGAUCAAGAGGAUUUAGAUCUUGACUUUUCUAAAAGCUUGAAGAAAAAGAAGAAGAAGAAAAAUACUGGAGCAGUUGAAGAAGAGAAAGACGAGAAAGAGGAAAAUGCUGGAGUUGCCUGGACCACUGAUGGAGAUUACACUUAUGAUGAGCUUCUUAAUAGAGUAUUUAAUAUCAUGAGAGAGAAGAAUCCUGAAAUGGUAGCUGGAGAAAAGAAAAAGUUUACAAUGAGGCCUCCCCAGGUUGUGCGAAUUGGAACCAAGAAAACGUCAUUCGCGAACUUUUCUGAAAUAUGUAAAACGUUACAUCGACAACCUAAACACGUUUUGGCAUUUCUUCUGGCUGAGUUAGGUACCAGUGGGUCUGUUGAUGGUAAUAAUCAACUCAUCAUCAAAGGUCGUUUCCAACAGAAACAGAUGGAAAACGUAUUACGUCGUUACGUUAAAGAAUACGUCACUUGUCAUACGUGUCGAUCACCUGAUACAAUUCUUCAGAAAGAUACUCGUCUUUUCUUCCUCCAAUGUGAAACAUGCGGUUCAAGAUGUUCUGUAGCCUCCAUCAAAUCUGGUUUCCAGGCCGUUACCGGAAAACGCGCGGCCAUUCGAGCCAAAACGGCGUAAAUUACUUCGUACAGAAAAAAAUAUGUGCUGUCUUUUGUCAUUAAUGAGAGAAAUACAUUUUCUUUCCUUUACCA